AUGAACCGGAAAUCGGGGUGGCUGCCACUGUUCAGUUUCACAACCACCAAGCACCUUGUCCCCUUAGCCGGGGGGGUAUUCUUCGCCAUUCUAUCCAGCCUCGCGACUCCCAUAUUCGCGAUAAUUCUGGGUCAAAUCUUCAACUCUUUCACAUCGUUCGGCGGUGGUAAAAUCUCGGAACAAGAUCUCACACGACAGGUCAAUAAACAUUGCGCCAGGCUGGCCGUGGUGGGAGCAGCUGCCUGGGUGUGCAAUAGUAUAUACUACAUGCUCUUCGUGACAUUUGGGGAGCUGCAGGUCCCAAAUGCUCGCACGAAGCUAUUCCGGGGGCUUCUGAGGAAGAACCAAGAAUGGUUCGAGACGCAGCAGGAUGGCACGAGGGUCUUCCUGUCUUCACUCCAAGGACAAAUCGAUGAUCUGCAGAAAGCAACAUCGCUGGCUCUAGGACUUGGAUUGCAGUAUGUCUUUCGAGCGACCUUCUCGCUGACCAUGGCGUUGGUCACCUCCUGGAAACUCACCCUCGUCACUCUGGCCGGAAUCCCAAUCCUUUCCGCUAUAAUCUCGGUUCUUUCCGCGAAGACGCACCUGAGAUUGGAGGCACAGAAGGAUGAGCUGCUGCAUUCUUCUAAGAUUGUCAGCAAUGCGACGACUUCGAUAGAUGCUGUGAAAUGCUUCAAUGGGCAAACUACGGAAAACAGAAACUUCGUGGCUAGUAUCGACAGAGCGGCCGUGCAGUAUCUCGGAAAGGCGUUUUUUACUUCCCUUCAAAUCUCGGCGUUACGGCUGAUGACGUUUGGCAUGUUCGUGCAAGGGUUCUGGUACGGCAGCUCUCUGGUGACGGCAGGGACUCUUUCAGCGGGAAACACACUGAGAACCUUUUGGGGAUGCUUGUUGGCUGCGCAGUCGAUGGAAUUCCUCAUGCCGCAGGUCGCCGUGUUGUCGAAAGGGACGGUUGCAUCUCUGGCUCUGGUCCACAUUUUGAGUGAUCGGGCAGAUGAUGAGGCCCAGGGGGCGAUGGGAGGGUCUUCAUAUCCGGACGUCUGUGAGGGGGGCAUCGAAGUCUGCGAUGUGGUCUUUGCGUAUCCAUCCCAACCGAGUAGAUUUGUCUUGGACUCGACAAGCUUCUUUUUCCCGGCGGGAGAGACAACCUUUGUUAUUGGCAAAAGCGGGUCUGGGAAGAGUACCCUUGGACAGCUGCUCACGCGCUUCUAUUUACCGGCGUCCGGGGAGAUCUUGAUUGACGGCCAUAACAUACAAUCGUUGAGUAUCGACUGGGUUCGGAAUAACAUCACCGUUAUCGAGCAGCGGAGUGUACUCUUCAAUGAAUCUAUCUUCAUGAACAUCGCGUUUGGCAGCCGUGAUCAUGACCACGUUCGAAAGGCCGACGUUCAGGAAUGUGUCGAUCUUGCAAUGCUCCAAGGCAUGAUCGAGGAUUUGCCCAGGGGCAUAGACACCUGUGUCGGUCACGGAGGCGGUUUUCUGAGCGGUGGCCAGAGACAGAGGGUGGCGAUUGCGCGGGCGCGGUUGCGGGAUACACCAAUUCUGAUCAUGGACGAGCCCACCAGUGCCCUGGAUGGCACGAAUCGUGUUGAAAUAAUGAGAUCUAUUCGCGAGUGGCGUCGAGGGAAGACAACGAUCAUCAUCACCCACGACUUGUCCCAGAUUCUGGAUAACGACUUUGCCUACGUCCUGGACCAAGGCUCGGUUGUCCAAGCCGGAUAUAGAUAUGAAUUGGAACAGAAUCCGAAGUUUUUCCCCACUCCAGAUAUCCCGGACCCGCCAUAUCGCCACUCGCAGGCCUUCAACCACGAUGUGACUGAUGCCAGCGAUGUUGUUCAUCGACGUUCCGAUAUUCCCUCGGGAUUCUCGAGCAGGAGAACAAGUUACCUCGACUCGGGGUUUUGGUCCAGGGACAAGCCGUUCGGGGAGGAUUCGGUUGCGACCUUUGAUAACCAGACAAACCGGCAAAGCAAUCGCACCUCUGUUAUAUCUCAGUGGGAAUGGAACAGGGCCCAUCCGCACCCAGUUGAUUCUUCCGGGAUGCAAAUGUACGAACUUAAUUAUCUUCCAGUGAACGGAACAAAAGGACACUCCCGACGGUCCAGUAUGAACUUCAUCCCUGUGAAUGGUGCCAUCACUGAGAUGAAAGCUGUCCAGUCAGACCAGCAUACCUCGCAGCCAUCCAGACAAACAACACAACUCGAACCACAAGAACGGAUGACCUUGCUACAGAUUAUGCUGACAAUAUUGCCGAACCUGACCCCAAGACAGCGGCUGCUUCUGGUAAUAGGGUGUCUCAGCACACUAGGUCACUCAAUGGCCACUCCGAUUUUCUCAUACUGCCUAUCGGAACUCCUCGAGACAUUCUAUGACAGAAAGACUAGCGCUUCAAGAUGGGCAUUAGCCGUACUAGGCGUCUCAAUAGGCGAUGGGGUCGUGUCCUUUUCCAUGCACUACCUCUUGGAGCUGUGCGGCCAGGCCUGGGUGGAUUGUCUCCGAAAAAAAAGCUUCCAACGCAUCCUCGACCAACCUCGCAAAUGGUUCGAAGAGGCAGGGAACGAAUCUUCCCAACUCACCGCAUGUCUCAACCAAAGCGCGGAGGAGAUGCGGAACCUGAUCGGUCGUUUCGGUGGCUAUGUUCUCGUGGCUACCACUGUUACCGUGGUUGCUAUCCUGUGGAGUUUGGUUGUUUGUUGGAAAUUGACGCUUGUUGCAGUAGCAUGCGGUCCUGUGAUCUACGCCAUCACUCGAGGAUUCGAACGGACUAACGGGCUGUGGGAACGACGAUGUAUUGGGGUCAGAACGGCGGCGUCGGACGUGUUCGUCGAGACGUUCGCGGAGAUCCGCACCGUCCGGACGUUGACUCUCGAGCCGUACUUUCAUAAGAAGCACAUGAAGGCUGCGGCGAAGUGUAUGACUCUGGGGUUGAAAAAGGCGCUUUACACCGGCUCGCUCUUUGGGCUUGUGGAGUCGAUGAUUCUUUUCGUCAGUACACUGAUAUUUUACUAUGGUGCGGUCUUGGUGUCGUCACUCGAGUUCACAGUUCAGAAUUUGAUGACUGUGUUCUCGAUACUGUUGUUCAGCAUCGGAUACGCAGGCACGGUGCUGUCAUGGAUUCCCCAGAUUGGUACUUCGCAAGAAAUGGCAAACCAGCUGCUACGUCUCGCAAAUCUCCCAGACGGCGCUUCUCAUGAACACCGCGGAACGCUUCAAAUCACCAAAGCGGCCCCUGUGGAAAUCAACCGGUUGAACUUUCGAUAUCCCUCCCGUCCAGAAGCACUUGUCCUGCGAGACGUGUUCCUCCGAAUCCCGAAGAACAAAUGCACGGCCAUCGUUGGACGGUCUGGUUCAGGAAAGUCGACCAUAGCGUCCUUGCUGCUAGGUCUCUACGAGACACCUGCGUCGUCCAGAGGCAUAACGCCGACCAUUUCCCUACGAGGCAUUGAUAUUCAGCGGGUGCACACCCCAACCCUGCGCUCGUUGAUAACCAUAGUCUCACAACAGCCAUCUAUCUUCCCGGGAACCAUCACCGCCAACAUCACCUACGGGCUGGAAGACGGUUCCGCGGUGCACUCCAUGUCCAGCGUGCGGGCCGCAGCCCAGGCGGCCGGGAUCGACGAAUUCGUUACAUCACUUCCGGACGGAUAUCUCACCUUGAUUGGGGACGGCGGGGCCGGACUGUCAGGAGGACAAGCCCAGCGGCUGGUAAUUGCGCGGGCGCUCGUGCGGCAGCCACAGAUCCUGAUCCUCGACGAGGCCACCUCCAGCCUCGAUCCCAGCAACGCGACGAUCAUCCGGCAGACCGUGCAGCGACUGGCCGCGGCGCGGCGAGGGCUCACCGUUCUUAUCAUUACGCACGCAAGGGAUAUGAUGGAGAUUGCAGAUAAUAUUAUAGUGCUCGAGCAGGGCCGCGUGGUGGAGGAGGGGUCGUACAGGGAGCUUGCGCGUCUGCCAGAGGGGAAAUUAAGGGCGCUAAUAGACAAUCCGGACCCAGAGGAGGGUGAAACAAGCACAUGA